UUAUCCCACAACACCGCAUAAACAAAAUUUAAUGUUAUCAUUCUAAAAGAAAUAUAGAAAAAUAAACACAAAAAACCCUACUAAUAUUUAAAAUUAUGUGUGAGCCAAACUUUUCAGAUCCAUCAUCAUUCCUGUAUUUGGAUAUGCUGGCAGAUAUUUUAAUGCGCGAUGCCCUUGAGUUGGAAUCUGAUUUCAACACCAAAAUGGAGUUCAUCAAGGAACAGGAGCAGAUGUGCUUGGACAAUGCCAAGAAUGUAUUUUCAGUUGACCAAUUCCUGGGAUCAGUAAAUUGCUGCAUGCUAAAGCUGGAAAUGGAUCUCAAUGAGAACGAGACCAACCUGAUCGAGAUGGAGAAGGCAGUUACUCGAUUGGAGCAGAGGUGCCCGAGAUCUGAUAACGAGGCUAGUCGGACUUAUCCUUUAGCUCGAGUCACCUACGAAGAUCUUCUUAGUUUGCUCAUGUCCGCGGAUAAAACUGCCGCUCAGUGCAACCACAUAAGGGAGCAAAUCGAGAUGUACAACAAACAGGCGGCUGAGCAACUAGCUCCUGCCACAGUGGUUGCCAAGAUAAUUGAUUACCACAAUAAUACCCUGGCGUCACUUGAAAAGCAGAUCGAAAAGAUGCAGGGUCAGGUCACCCAGGUCCAAAGGGAGUAUGAGCAGCUAAAUAGGGACCAGGAAUCCAACAGAGCCGCCGCCCAGUGCUCCUGCAAAAAAACCAAGAACUCAAAGCCAAUUGACAUAUGUAAGAUACAACUACGCAUGUAAUCCGACAACUGAUAACACAAUAUAUCCAUACGAAUAUUAUAAA